AUGCGCCUCCCCAUCGACCGUGUCUUUCUCCUCCUUUUCCUCGUCCUCGCCCCCGUCAACGCCAUCGGCCUCUCAUGCCUCAAAGUUGCCUCUGCACUUGUUGGCCGACCAAGCCACCUGUUCGACCUCUUCCAGAGUGAAAUCUGCGAGCGCGGCUGCCAGCCUACCGUCCCCCACUGGGACCUCUGGACUCGCAACAACAGCUUCGUCCCCGCCGUGCGCAACCUCAUGAAGCGCAUGAAUGUCCCACACCAGGAGGAGGCCUUGCUGAAGAUGGGUGACGACGUCGCGACGAUCAUCAAAGACCAGUGCGGGCCAAUGCUCGGCGGGCGACACAUCUGCUCCGACCCGGUGACGCUGGCCGACUUUGGGAACUGCUUCAAGCGUCACUUCUUUAAGGCGUCGAUUAAGCACCUCCCGAUUCUGCUGCCGAUGGCGUCAGAUGCGGCGUGCAAGGAGCAGUACAAGUUUCUACAGGGGAAUGAGCUGUGGGAUGUCACAAUCCCGAAUAACAUGCGCGAGUACGCGAGCGUGUGCAAUCAAUUGGGCCCGCACAAGCAGGAGGGCGCGGGUCAGAAGCAGGAGGAACCUCCGCGGGAAGAACAUAAGCAUGAGGACCUGUAA